AUGGGUAAAUGCUCGGCUUUUGAUGACUCAGACGAAGAGGAGCCAUCCCCAGAGAAGAACCUGAUUGAGGCUGCACCACUGACGGACACCCGAGCAACCGUCAAGCCUAAGGAGAAAAUCCGCGAGGAAGGGUCGAGGAAGAGGGCCGUGCAGGCGAUUGGAUCAUUCGUGACGGUUUGCGCGAACCUGGAGUGGCAAGUGGCUUCGGCCAGGAAAAAGGCCUUCAACGAGGCCAACAAAGUAAAGGACGCGGAGGCACGGGUUCAGGCCUUGACAGAGGAGAAAGGGGCCAGGAAGGCCUUGUUGAAGGUAGGGGCGGCCAAGAAAAAGAAGGAGGACAUUAGGCCGAUACUGGACAAGUACGCGGAUAGGGCCAUGAAAGGGAGGACGUCCGCGGUAAGACUGCGAUGCAAGGCUCGGAGGCACUUCCGAGACAUGGACUUCGCUCUCCUCCCAGUGAUCGAGCAGAUGUCCCAAGUUUGCCCCACCAUCACAUCGCCCGAGGACAUUCUGAACAUUCCUGGGAGCCCUUCCUUUGUUUUCAAGAUGUCGAAGGGGGUUCAAACGUCGCAAGGGCCCGACGAAGUCGAGCAGCCGAAGGACAAAGAGGCUCAGACGCCCCCGAAAGAAGGCAACUCAUCGAGCCAAAGCAAUGGCGGCACCUCAACCGAUUCCAACACCAGCAAUGGGGACAAGGGAAAGAAAACCACGUCGCCACCAACCGACCCUCCCGAGGGAAAUUCACAAGGCGUGCCACCAACUCCCGGGAAGUGGGAGACUUCAGGCAUUCCAUGGACGGAUAUGCAGUUACCCGACCCAUAUUUAGACACGAAAUCUUACCCCAUUUAUGCAGCCGUGGGCAGGGCCUUAACGGAACCCCCAGUAGACCGAGGUCGCGGAAGACUUUCCGGAUUAGAGGACCAACUGAAGGAGGCCCUGAGCGCGAUUAAGGCAUCGAAUUUAGACGAGGCUCGAAGGGCAGUCGUGAAGUUGAAGGGCGAAAACGACCGUCUAGACAGGCUGCGGAGGGACACAGAAGCAUAUUGGGAGGAUCAUAUGAAGAACUCGAUGCAGUUGGAGAUGUUAGCCAACGAGCAUCUUUGGACAUUCGAGGCCAAGAUUAGGAAAAACAAGAAAGAUAACGGUUUACCGAAGCCCGACCCUAAAGACUUCAUACCCCGUAACUAUUAUGAAAGCGUAUCGGUUCACCUUCGAAAAGCCUACACUUUGGUUGCAGUGAAAUGGGACCGCGCCUCUGAUAAGAUAGAAUCUCUACGGGCGUAUAUCGGUCAACUUCGGGCGGCUCUCGAGGGCGCGGUAUCGUUCAUUGUGGAAUCGGGAAAAAUUAUGAUUUCGUAGAGUUGUGACCCGAAUCCUGCCCCGUUAUAAAAGACGACCCUGCUUCCCCUACUCGUGAACUGAGCGUCUGAUAUAUGAG